GAAUGCACGUCAGAUUCCCCAUUGUAUCCCAUCCAAGCGGUCUCAUUGGCUUAUCUGCUUUGUCGGAUAACUAUACUCAAAGCAUGCAUAUACAUAUACGAACAUAAUGUACCUCGUAAGCCCCAUCAUCCGUUCGGAGUCUCACAGAAAAAAAAAACUCCAUCAUCAAAGAGACAUGGGCUAUGCGUGGCUUAUUACUCCGUGGAAGAGAAAAAUGCGGAUCCGAUGCCCAGAGCUACCCCCCGGUUUCUGCUAUCUCACUUUGCGGACCGCCGGUAAUGCAGAAUUUUUUUCUCUUUGGACCAUGUGGAAGAGGGAAGGUAGGGUGCCAAAAAAAAGU